UUCAAAUCAAGUAAUAACACAGCCACUGAUCUUUCUGCUUCAUCCAGGGCAACAAGAUGUUUCGUUUAACUCUCUCCCUCCUCUUUCUUUCUCUCCUCGUUCGCUCUCUCGUUCUUGUUCUUUCCCAAGGCGACCUUAAAGAUGAUCUCAUCUCCGACGCAUACUCCUCUCCUGACUCUCCGCUGGAGUGGGACGAAUUCGGCUACUCUGAUUUCAAGCCCGACAACGAGCUUGACCCUGGCUCUUGGUGCGCUAUCUUUGAGCCUGAUUCCUCUGUUCUUGAUACCACGGAGGACCCGGUGAUGGCGGAGUAUUACUCCGCUGUUAAGAAGAUGUUGUGGGCGGUGAGCCGUGGGGAGGUGAGGAUGAUGCAGGAGGCUGCGGUGGAGAUCGAGGCGGCAGCUGUGACUGGGAAUCCACACGCUCAGUCAGGGUUGGGGUUUCUGUAUGGGCUAGGACAGAUGAGGGAGCGGAAUGAGGACAAGGCGGUUCUCUAUCAUUAUUUUGCGGCUGAAGGAGGUAAUUUGCAGUCCAAGAUGGUUCUAGCAUACACUUAUUCACGACAAGAUAUGUACGAUAAAGCCGUUAAUUUGUAUGCUGAGUUAGCUGAAGUAGCUGUGAAAAGUUUUUGGAUCUCAAAGGAUUCACCUGUGAUUGAACCGGUUAGAAUUCACAAUGGAGCUGAGGAGAACAAGGAGGCUCUGAGGAAGUCGCGAGGGGAGGAGGAUGAAGACUUCCAGAUUUUGGAAUAUCAGGCCCAAAAGGGCAAUGCUGAAGCCAUGUACAAAAUUGGGCAAUUUUACUACUUUGGAUUGAGAGGAUUGAGGCGUGAUCAGGCAAAGGCAUUAUCAUGGUUCUCAGAGGCUGUGAAGAAGGGGGAGCCCAGGUCAAUGGAACUCCUUGGUGAGAUAUAUGCAAGAGGAGCUGGAGUUGAAAGGAACUAUACUAAAGCAAUUGGCUGCUUUAAACUUGCAUCAGAGCAGCAACUUUACUCAGCUUAUAAUGGCAUGGGGUAUUUGUUUGUGAAAGGUUAUGGAGUGGAAAUGAACUAUACCAAAGCAAAAGAAUACUUUGAGAAAGCUGCUGACAAUGAAGAGGCUGCUGGGCGCUACAAUCUCGGAGUAAUGUAUCUUAAAGGGAUUGGGGUAAAGAGAGAUGUAAAGCUGGCGUGCAAAUAUUUUAUAGAGGCUGCUAAUGCAGGUCAACCAAAGGCAUUUUACCAACUAGCAAAGAUGUUCCAUAUGGGUGUGGGACUUAAGAAGGAUCUCAUUAUGGCUACUGCAUUAUAUAAAUUGGUUGCGGAACAGGGUCCAUGGAGUACCUUGUCUAGAUGGGCACUGGAAUCAUACCUAAAAGGUGAUGUAGGCAAGGCAUUCCUACUGUAUUCAAGGAUGGCUGAACUGGGCUAUGAGAUUGCCCAGAGUAACGCUGCAUGGAUUCUUGACAAAUAUGAGGAGCAUAGCAUGUGCAUGGGAGAAUCUGGAUUUUGCACAGAUACACAAAGGCAUCAGCGUGCAUUUUCUUUUUGGUGGCAAGCUUCUAAGCAGGGUAAUGAACAUGCUGCUUUGCGGAUUGGUGAUGCCUAUUAUUAUGGUCAGGGAAUGGAGAGGGACUACGAACGAGCUGCAGAGGCAUACAUGCAUGCCAAAUCUCAAUCUAAUGCACAAGCCAUGUUCAACCUUGGAUACAUGCAUGAGCAUGGUCAAGGACUUCCAUUUGAUCUCCAUCUCGCUCAGCGUUAUUAUGAUCAAGCCCAAGAGGUUAAAAUGAUGGGAAGCUCGGAAUGGUGCCGCCCAUUUCUUAACAUGUCAAAUGGUGUGGAGCUUGGGAUGGCACCCAGUUGUUAACCCAUCGGUACGUAUAUGGACAUUAGACAUUUUACUUUUAAUAUGUUAUUUCAGCUGGAAAAAUUUUCUUCCCGACACUUUUGUUGUUAAUUGUAUAUAUAUGUGUUUUAAGAUUAUACAAGAUUAUACAGACCUUUCAUGUGCAA